AUGGAUAGACUCUCCGUUACAGCAAGCGUUACGGGUUUGCUCUCACUUAGCAUCCAAGUAACUGAAUCUCUUGUUGACUUCUACACUGCAUACAAAGAACAAGACACCGUUGUAGCCAGAACGACAGAAAAUCUUGAAAAUCUUCUGGUUGUCUUCCGGUCUCUCGGUAUCAUAUUACGGAAUCGCCAAUUUCGAAACAAUGAACGGGAGUUAGUUCAGAAAAUCAAUAAGGCGAUACAGAGAUGUAAUAGAAUCAUCGAAGAGCUUCAGUCUGAGUGUGAUAGAUUCCGCGAUAUCUCGGUUAGUGGUUUCAAGGGGCAAAUCCGAACUGCGAAGUGUCGUGCAGCAUAUCCAUUCCGAAAAGGCACCCUGCAAAACCUUAGGGAGGACAUUCGCGAGAUACGUGGAAACCUAUCCAUCGCGCUAAAUUUACUAGAGCUCAACGAUCACCGAACGACCCUAGACGAGAUCUCAGAGCUGAAGUCGCUCCUUAAACAGAUGAAUGCGAGCCAUAUCUCCUCAACAAUUCGUGGUUGGCUUAUAGCCCCUGAUGCAACCAUCAAUCAUAACGCGGCAUAUACGAAGCGACAUACAGGGACAGGGUUGUGGUUUAUCAAAAGCGAACAUUUUACAAAUUGGUUGACACAACACAAUUCCUUCCUCUGGAUCAAUAGUUUUGCGGGAUGUGGCAAGUCAAUCCUGUGCUCAACUGCAGUUCAAUAUACAUUUCGCGAGAAACAGCAUAAGCAAGGGGUAGGAAUCGCUUUUUUCUACUUUACCUUUAAUAACGAGUCUAAACAAGAUACAUCGGCUAUACUACGGGCGUUAUUGCUACAGUUAUCAGGACAGUUCGGAGACGGCGACAGGGACCUUAAACAACUACACGACCUACACAAAUCUGGAACUCCCUCAACACAAGCGCUAAUAGCCUAUCUUGAACGCAUAGUCCGGAGAUUCCACGAUGUGUAUAUUCUACUAGACGCGUUGGAUGAGAGUCCUCGAGGUUGUCGACGAGAGGGUGUAUUAACCAUCAUAAACGAAAUACGGAAAUACCGUGAUGAGCCCGAUGUCCGGGAAUCUCUGAAUCUACGAGAUGACCAAAGGAUCAUUAUGAAGAACUCCGAAAUUAACAGGGAUAUCACUAACUUUAUCACAUGUCAACUGAAUGAUGAUUCGAGUCUUCGAAAGUGGGAAACAUACCAUAAACAGAUCAGAAAAGCACUAGCAGAAAGCGCACAGGGGGUAUUCCGUUACGUCGAGUAUCAAUUGAAUGCUCUUAAACGAUGCCGUCUUCGGACUAGGAAACACUUGAAAAAGUGUCUGUCUCUUCCACGGGAUCUGGAUAAGACGUACGAACGAAUUCUAUAUGGUAUUGAUAAGAAUUGCGUUGAUGACGUACGGAGAAUAUUAACUAUGCUUUGUUUUUCUGCCCGGCCACUAACUGUCGCUGAAUUAAUUCAUAGCUACGCGGUUGACCUCGAUGAGCCGCCCCAUCUUGAUCGUGACGAUCGGCUACUAGUAGACAUACAUAGUCUUCGUGACAUCUGCCUUGGGCUAAUUAAAACCACUAAAGAUGAAGAUGAUAAAGGGCAGGAUAUUCUGACUGUCCAUCUUUCUCAUUUCUCCGUGCAGGAAUACCUUCAAUCAGACCGCAUCCAGCAUCCAAAAACGGCAAUUUUCGCCUUAUCAAGCGGACCAUCGCAUGCAGAGAUCGCACAGAUCUGUCUAGUCUAUCUCAUGGAACCUAUACUGUCUAGCACAGAAUUAGAUUACGCAAAGGUUUUAGAGUUUCCACUUGCUCCAUUUACCGCUCAGCACUGGUAUCACCAUUACACGAAUUAUGAAAAAAGGGUAUCGAAGGUCGAAAGUCUGUUGCAACGACUAUUCCAGCAUAACACAAAUACCUUUGUGACUUGGAUCAGGCUACAUAACAUAGACCGACCGUGGCACGGAAUGCGGUAUUAUAAGGAUCCUAUUGACGAUAUUGGACCCCCUCUGUACUAUGCAAGCCUGUUGGGUUUAGAGUCAGUCGUUGGAAGCAUGAUGGAAGAGGAUGCUACAGAUUCAGCUCUAUUAGAAACAGUGAAUGCCCAAGGCGGAACAUGUAACAAUGCCCUCCAAGCAGCAUGUUUGAAGGGCCACGAAAGGGUAGUGCAGAUGCUGCUAGAUCGAGGUGCCAACGCCAAUACCCAAGGUGGACGUUUCGGCAAUACCCUCCAAGCCGCGUAUUUGAACGGCAGCGAAAUAGUAGUGGAGAUGCUGCUAGAUCGAGGUGCCGUCAUCAACGCCCAAGGUGGGGAAUAUCCCAAUGCCCUCCGUGCCGCAUAUUCGAAGGGCCACGAAAGGGUGGUGCAGAUGCUGCUAGAUCGAGGUGCCAACGUCAAUACCCAAGGUGAACGUUUCGGUAAUGCCCUCCAAGCCGCGUGUUUGAACAGCAGCGAAAUAGUGGUGGAGAUGCUGCUAGAUCGAGGUGCCGUCAUCAACGCCCAAGGUGGGGAAUAUCCCAAUGCCCUCCGUGCCGCAUAUUCGAAGGGCCACGAAAGGGUGGUGCAGAUGCUGCUAGAUCGAGGUGCCAACGUCAAUACCCAAGGUGAACGUUUCGGUAAUGCCCUCCAAGCCGCGUGUUUGAACAGCAGCGAAAUAGUGGUGGAGAUACUGCUAGAUCGAGGUGCCGACAUCAACGCCCAAGACGGGGAAUAUAAUGCCCUCCAUGACGCAUGUUUGAAGGGCCACGAAAGGGUGGUGCAGAUGCUGCUAGAUCGAGGUGCCAACGUCAAUACCCAAGAUGGACGUUUCGGCAAUGCCCUCCAAGCCGCGUGUUCGAACGGCAGCGAAAUAGUGGUGCAGAUGCUGCUAGAUCGAGGUGCCGACAUUAACGCCCAAGAUGGGGAAUAUACCAAUGCCCUCCAUAACACAUAG